GUCUGCCGUUCCAUGCACCGUUCGCAUUUCCGCACCCGCCGCUGCCGGUGGACACGCGGGCGGCCGACAGCCGAUACCUGUAUGAAGCAUCCCGUCUCCAUGGUGCGAUCAGUCCCUCGAUGAACCUUCACCCGCUGCACUACCAGCACCUGCAACACUACAUGCGCCAGAGCAGCCUGCAGGGGUCGCCCUUCCUCUCGCACGGUUCCAUGCUCGGCCACCAGGUGGCGGGCAUUCCGAGGCCGCCGUCGCUCGGCAUGUCGGAGCUGCGGCAUUCGUCGUCGCAGCAUCCCAGCGUCCAGCCUCUGGGAGCGUCGAAAGCACAAUCACAGUUAACCAAAGACUCGAGUUCGGGAGAGUUGUUCCAAGUGAAGAGGGAGCCAAGCAGCAAGUCAGAGUCCAGGGACGACAGCAGUCAGAAACCCUCACCAGCCUCAGGGGUUGACCCGUCACCAAAGAACGAGCCGGACGACUUUUACGAGACGAACUGUCACUGGACCGGCUGCAGCCACGAGUUCAACACGCAGGAGGAACUCGUAAAGCACAUCACAACGGACGCACAUAGCGACGGAACAAGAAGUCGAGAUAGCCCUUCAAGGCGCAGUACAUGCUCGUGGUUCAGCAUGAGGAGGCAUACGGGCGAGAAGCCGCACAAGUGCACGUUUGAGGGAUGCUCUAAGGCAUAUUCGAGGCUGGAGAACCUGAAGACACAUCUGCGCUCUCACACGGGCGAGCGACCGUACACCUGCGAAUUCCCUGGCUGCACAAAGUCGUUCAGCAAUGCGUCCGACCGCGCCAAGCAUCAAAACCGAACGCACUCUAACGCCAAACCGUACGUUGUGCAAGCUCACAGGCUGACUAGCGAUACACGGAUCCCAGCCCUUCUCUCAGGAAAGCACGUGAAAGGACGGGUUGCACGCCCGGAGUCUUCACACGACAAGAGUAUGAAGAAUUGA